AGCAAUCCAAUCCAGUAGAUUCUUCAUCCAUCCAUCGGAUCAAAUUAUGGGCUGAGUGUUGAGGAUGCUGGCCAGCUAGUAUUAUUACACUGAAUAUCAAAACAAAUACAUACAUACGAAUGAUUUCCUAUCAUGGACAGAUCAUUUUUGAUGAUAAUCUGUGCGGACCACAACAACAUCUUAUAUAAUGGCGAAACGACAAACCUGGGAGCACAUGCGACAGGUCUUCGCCCAGGCGGUGAACGCUGUGCAUCCGGAGAAGAUAUUCGCCGAUUUCCAGAGAUUCGACUUGCGGCCGCAGCGGAUUGAGAACGGCACAGUCUGCAUCAAACUAAACGGAGAACAACACGAUAUUAGUGGGAAAAAAUGUCACAUAGUGGGAUUCGGAAAGGCCGUGCUGGGCAUGGCCAACAAAGUUCAUAUGGACUUGGGCCAGUACUCAGCCGGAGGAGUUCUUAGUGUCCCGGUGAAUACGUUGAAGCAGUUUGAGAAGCCCAUCCAGGGUUUAACCGUCUACGAGGGAGCACCCAACAAUUUGCCAGAUGAAGCGGCCUUGAGAGCUGCCGAAGCUAUCAAAGAAUUGGCCCAGAAGAUGACUGUCCAAGAUGUGCUCCUUGUGUUCGUGUCAGGAGGUGGAUCUGCGUUGCUGCCGCUGCCUAGACCACCUCUUGACCUCUCUGACAAGCGAAACAUAGCAGAUAAGCUGAUGAGGCGUGGAGCCAGCAUCCAGGAGCUCAACACCGUGCGCAUAGCCUGCUCGGACAUCAAGGGCGGCCGUUUGGCCAGAUUUGCUGGCAAUGCGGGACUGCUGGUUACCUUUGUCUUGAGCGAUAUCAUAGGAGAUCCUCUGGAGCUGAUCGCCUGUGGGCCCACCAUCCAACCGGUGGGUGGAGAAUCCGCUGUUGAUGUUCUCAAAAGGCACAAGGUGUGGGAAGAGCUCUCUGAGGAAGUUCGAAAUGUCUUUGAGGUGUCGCACACCCCAGAUAACCCUUUGCUGCCCAAGCACAAAGUCUAUGUAGUGGGUAGCAAUGUCAUAGCUACCUCAACGGCGGCCCAGCAGGCUGCAAAAUAUGGCUACAUUCCCUGCGUCCUAAGCUGUUCUGUACAGGGUGAGGUGGACCAAGUGGCAGCCGACUAUCAGCGCCUGCUGCAGGGCAUACUGCAGGCCAGGCAGGCUGGACUCUGUGAGGAGCGGCUGAAGGAGAAGUACGCUUUCGGAGAAGAUAGCUUCCAGGAUUUUAAGGCGGCUCUAGAACAGCACUUGAGCAGUCAGAUGCCGCUGUUUCUUAUUUGUGGUGGCGAGCCAGUGAUCAAAGUCACAGGUCAAGGUGUGGGAGGACGUAGUCAGCACUUGGCCUUGCUGAUGUCACAGACUCUACAUCGCGAUGAAAUGCUGCGUGAUUGCACCUUCCUAAGUGCCGGAACAGAUGGCAUUGAUGGACCCACAGAUGCGGCUGGAGCCUUUGGAGACAGCAGCGUCAUUGAGUCAUUUCUGGUCAAACACACGCUGGACGAACUAGCCGAGAUCCUGCGCAACUGCGACAGCUACCACUUCUAUAGGAAUCUUUCGGAUGGCGACUACCACGUGCACACUGGCCACACAGGAACCAAUGUGAUGGAUCUACACUUGCUCGUCGUUCCAUAGUGGAAUGCCUCAGUGAAUGUGGGGCAAUUUGUUAAUAGAGCUGCUCUUGAACUGCAGACGGGCAAUAAUCGUUUAAAUUUGUUUUUACGAUUUUCCUCUUUAAUUUUUGUCUAUCAAAUUUUACGACUUUUUUCAUUAACAUUUUUAAUAUUCAGUCAAAUUUAAAUAGUUUCAAGAUCUUUAUGCUCCGAGGCGAGACCCUCCAGAGUGACAGCAUAAAAGGCAAUUAGCUCUCCACUCAGUCAUUCCCUUGUUACGAAAUCGGCAAUGGCAUUUAGACAUUUUCGGCAUAAAUUGUCUUGAUUAUAAUUAUCCGGUAGUGGCAGAUGUGAUAAAUCAAUUUGUAUGUACGAUUAUUAUAAAGCAUAAAUAUAUUCGUGUAAUACCCGGGCACCAUGCCUCCGCUCCUUUGUACUGCGUCUCAU